GUAAUUUUAUAGAACUUGUACUUGAACAACCUAUCGAUAGUAACUCAUACUUCUAGCCAAACAUUAAUUGAUACAAGAGGGAAGAAAGUUGACAAGGUUUAACAUUGACAAUUAUAAAAAUUGUCACAGUGAAAAAUAAUAGUAGUAUUAAUUAUAAAUAAUUCUUAAUAUUUUAUCUUCCUGAAUCGAUUACAGAAUUUGUUCUCUAUGAUUGCAUUUUGUGAAUGUUGAUAAGGACAUAUAAUAUGAAGUUUUCCUUGUUCCUUAAAGUGUAUCCUUGUUCUGAAAUUUAUUAUGAGUGCCAAAAUUACUGUACACCCUUUGACAGAGAACCCCACGAAAGCCUGGAAGGAAUUGGUGAAAACUCAAAAAUAUUUUCAAAUUAAAGCCCCUAUUUUGCCUGAAAUUUAUCCUGACAAGGUGAGAAUCGUUUGUAUGAGUGAUACUCAUUCUUUUACUUCAAGUAUUAAGUUUAGUAUUCCUAAUGGGGAUAUAUUUAUUCAUGCUGGCGACUUCACGAGAUGUGGUGCUGAACAAGAAGUUGAUGAGUUUAAUACUUGGCUUGGAAGACUACCUCAUAAAUAUAAGAUAGUGAUAGCCGGAAAUCAUGAGCUUAGCUUUGAUGAAAAAUUUACAAAACUAACCAGUCCUAGUUCAUUUAAAUCUAUACCUACCUUAGGAUAUAGUAGAAAUGAACUUCGUGAAGCUGUUGUUGCUAAGAAUAUUCGGGACAAACUUAAAAAUUGUAUUUAUUUAGAAGAUAAAGGAAUAGAACUUUUUGGUUUAAAGAUUUAUGGUUCACCUUGGCAGCCAGAAUUCCAUAAAUGGGCUUUUAAUUUAUCACGUGGAGAAGAAAUUCUUCAGAAAUGGGAUUUGAUUCCUGAAAAUAUAGACAUCUUAGUUACCCAUACUCCACCAGUUGGCCAUGGGGAUGCAUGCUGUACAGGUGUUAGGGCUGGAUGUGUGGAACUUCUUACUACUGUUCAAAACAGAGUUAAACCGAAAUAUCAUGUAUUUGGACAUAUACAUGAAGGUUAUGGUAUUACAACUGAUGGAACUGUAAUUUAUGUAAAUGCUUCAACAUGUAACAUCAACUACAACCCAGUUAACCCUCCUAUAGCUUUUGAUAUUAGUUUACCUCCUGGCUGUGUUAAAGAGGUUUCAGAUUAUAAUCAGUUAUAGUAAAAUAAAAGAAUUU